AUGAGAAGGGUGAGGAGGAAAGAGUCGAUCGAGAAACGAGAAACCGAUCUCUUUUCGAUUCUUCCUUUGGAUCUGAUAGUAGAGAUUCUCCUGAGAACCCCCGCCAAAUCCACAGCUAGUCUCGUCUUGGUUUCAAAACAAUGGUUAUCGAUACUCCGGGGUAAAAAAUUUACCAAUUUGUACGUGGCUCGAUCUUCGACUAGGAAGCGUCUUCUUUCUGCAGUCUUCGAUACCUACUUGAAGCAAAUAUUCCUACUAUCUUGCUCCCAGGAGGAUCCAUCUUCUUCUGAUCAUCGUAUGGUAAAGAUAACUGAUCAGCCGAGUCAUAGGUAUUAUUUUUCUGCACCCGUCCGCGGCUUGAUUUGCCGUCAAAUUGAUUCCAAAGUGAUGAUGGGCAAGCAUCCCCAUCUUAUUUCUUCUUAUAUAACUAAACAAAUAUGUAUAAAUGGGGUUGUGUAUUACUAUGCUUGGGUCACACAGGAAAUAUCUUUGAUAAGCUUUGAUCUGAUAUCCGAAGAGUUCAAUGUCAUUAAGUUACCUGAGGAUAUCCCAGUGCUAGUGAAGUACACCGGGAAGGUAGCUUUAGCGAGUUGGUCUGAGAAUAAACUUGACGUGUGGGUUCUAGAAGAUGCCAAGAAACAAGAAUGGUCAAAAGUUUCUAUCGUUCUUCCUUUUACGAUAAACUUAGUAUUCGUGUUCAGGGGUACACUUAGUACCGGCGAGCUUAUAUUUUCACCCUUCAGGUUUGUUAGACACUGCCAUUUUAUCAGUUACGAUCUCAAGGAGAACAAGGCGGAAAAGGUUGUGGUUAAAGGGAAUGGAGAUCAUUUUCCUAAACAUGAACUCUAUUUUGAUCAUGUAGAGAGUCCUAUGUUUCUGCCAAAUGUAAGUUAA